AUGCGCUCUGCCGCGACCCUGCUGCUCUCCCUUUUCUCUCUAGCCCAGGCCCGGCCCUUCGCCAACGUCCCGGGCUUCCAGCUCAUCUGGGGUGACGAGUUUGACGGUCCAGCUGGCGCCCUUCCAGACCGGGACAAGUGGAAGAUCAUCACUGAUCUGCACCACAACAACGAAGUCCAAACAUACACGACUUCCAACCGCAAUCUCCAAAUUUCCGGCGGCUCAACCGUCCAACUUGUGCCCCUCAAGUCCAACGGCAAAUGGACCUCCUCCCGCAUCGAGUCCCUCCAAGCCUUCACCCCUGCCCCUGGCAAGAUCACGCUCUUCACAGCUGACAUCCGCUUCGGCAACAACGUCCAAGCCAACAAGCAAGGCCUGUGGCCUGCCUUCUGGAUGCUGGGCGAGUCCGUCCGUCACGGCACACCCUGGCCGCAGUGCGGUGAGCUGGAUAUCAUGGAGACGGUGAACGGCUUGCCGACGGCGUAUGGCACGGUGCAUUGUGGGCCGGAUGGGAACGCGUCUGGUGGACCGUGCAAUGAGCCUAUUGGCAGGGGAGGAACUGUGUCGUUGGAGGAUUAUGGUUGGCAUAACUGGGCUUUACAGGUCGAUAGGACGAAUGGCGGAGACUGGAGGGGGGAGGUUAUUAGGUGGUUAAAGGAUGGGGCGGUUUUUCAUGAGAUUAGUGGGGCGGCGAUUGGAGAUGAGAAGGUGUGGAAGAGCUUAGCGAGGAGCCCGAUGUUCUUUGUGUUGAACGUCGCUGUCGGGGGUAAUUGGCCUGGUGACCCGAACGACGCGACGCUUGACAGCUGGGGCAGCAUGAUGGAGGUUGACCGCGUUGCUGUUUACCAGUCGACCUAG